ACAUACAGAACAUGUAUGGCUAGCUGUAACAUCCCUUCCUUUACACUAACGUUUUUUCGUUUAGUGUUGAAGAACUGGAGUAGUGUAUCUUGUGACAUGUUCCAGAUGUCGAACACAAAGAUAGUGAAAAGUGGAGGCGGAGAGCCUGACCAAUUUGAAAUCCAAAUUUCGCAGGCGUUGGUUGAGCUUGAAGUGAAUAGUGACCUGAAGACACAGUUAAGAGGACUAUACAUUACAAAAGCCAAGGAAAUUGAACUUAAUGGAAAAAAGUCAAUCAUCAUCUACGUACCAAUUCCACAACUGAAGUCAUUUCAGAAAAUACAGACGCGUCUGGUACGUGAGUUGGAGAAGAAGUUCUGUGGUAGACAUGUUGUGUUUAUUGGCGAGAGGAAGAUUUUACCGAAACCUACCCGCAAGACACGGACAAAAAAUAAACAGAAACGACCAAGAAGCCGUACCCUGACAGCCGUUUAUUAUGCCAUACUUGAAGAAUUGGUUGUUGAACAAUUGAGUCAAAGAACUGUAAUUCUACUAAUCUCCAUGUAACAAAGAAAGGUGUAGGUUCCUGUAAGACACUGGAGGUCAACAUAGGCCCAAACCUAGGCUAUUAAGGCAUGAACCAGGUUACACACAUAUUAUUUGGUCUGGGGUAGGUUAAGGUGACAUCAGUUAAUAGUGUUCUCAACAUUUGACUUGUUUGGGCAUACAUUUUGUUAUGACUGAAAACUGAAGUACUUUUAUGGAAGAUUUCCCACAGCAUGUAAGUACUGAAAGGAUUACAGAUGUUUAUGAAUUAUAAUGUAUGUUGGCAGAAACA